GAAACCGGAAGUUCGUCAGCAGCUAGCUAAAGCUGCCAUUUUGACGGUAACAGUGAAGAGCGGAGAAACUGCGUGUUUGUUGUUCAGCGGUCUUAUUUCCACUCUAAACAUUUCACCAUGGCUAUGCAAGCAGCGAAACGCGCUAAUAUACGAUUACCUCCUGAGGUGAACAGAAUCCUGUACGUCAGGAACCUCCCCUACAAGAUCACAGCUGAGGAGAUGUACGACAUCUUUGGGAAAUAUGGACCAAUACGGCAGAUCAGAACAGGGAACACACCUGAAUCAAGAGGAACGGCCUAUGUGGUUUAUGAAGACAUCUUUGAUGCCAAGAACGCCUGUGACCAUCUGUCAGGCUUCAAUGUGUGCAACCGCUACCUGGUGGUCCUCUACUACAAUGCGAACAGAGCUUUCCAAAAGAUGGACACAAAGAAGAAAGAGGAACAGUUGAAGCUCCUAAAAGAGAAAUACGGCAUCAACACAGACCCUCCAAAGUAGUGUUCUGGAGACCCCAACCACCACCCCACCCCUUCACUUCCACAAUCUGUACUAAAAUCACACUUUCCUUGGUUGAUGCUGGUAUUGAUUUACUGCUACAGCUGUUGAGUUACCGAUACAGCUGUUGAAAAUGUUCUUUUUUUAAUCAUUUUGUUUAAUGAUGAGUUGGAAUUUUCUUUUUGUUUUAUUUCCAUCAUCAGGUAUGUGUGAACACUGCUUACACGGUAGUUAACACACAAGGGCAGAAUUUUAACCUUUAAGUUUGAUAGUCAGAAGAGGACUUCAGAAUUUGGGCUGGUGUCAAGUGAUUGACAGGCGGGACCCCAGGGUGUAGCUAGUAACUGGUUGUAGUAUCACCCUGGGAAAGAUGUUGAGACGCCAGAGCAGAUUGUCUUUUAGUCAUCACUCUACUUUAUACUUUUACAAUCUCCUAAUUUAAAGCCAGCCACAGUCACGCAGUAUGUGAAAUUAAAUUGAGUUGACCGACUAUAAAGUAUAUGGUUUCUGUAAAAUAAAUGUUCCUUUUUCUAAAA